GAGAAGCACAAGCUAGUGUGCCAGGGCGGCGAGGCCCCCCGCGCGCAGCCCGCGCCGGCGCAGCCCCGCGUCGCGCCCCCGCCCGGUGGUGGGGCCCCCGGAGCCGCGCGCGCCGGCGGGGCGGCCCGGCGCGGGGACAGCGCGGCGGCCUCGAGCGCCCCGGGCCCUGAGGACGCAGCACAGGCCCGGAGUGGCCCUGGCUCGGCGGAGCCCGGCUCCGAGGAUCCUCCGGCUAGCAGGUCUCCGGGCCCGGAGCGUGCCAGCCUGUGCCCAUCAGGCGGCGGCCCCGGGGAGGCGCUGAGUCCCAGCGGUGGGCUGCGGCCCAACGGGCAGACCAAGCCGCUGCCCGCGCUGAAGCUGGCGCUGGAGUACAUCGUGCCGUGCAUGAACAAGCACGGUAUCUGUGUAGUGGACGACUUCCUGGGCAAGGAGACCGGGCAGCAGAUCGGCGACGAGGUGCGCGCCCUACACGACACCGGCAAGUUCACGGACGGGCAGCUGGUCAGCCAGAAGAGUGACUCUUCCAAGGACAUCCGGGGGGACCAGAUCACCUGGAUUGAGGGCAAGGAGCCCGGCUGCGAGACCAUCGGCCUGCUCAUGAGCAGCAUGGACGACCUGAUCCGCCACUGCAGCGGGAAGCUGGGCAACUACAGGAUAAACGGUCGAACGAAAGCCAUGGUUGCUUGUUACCCAGGCAACGGAACAGGUUAUGUCCGUCACGUUGAUAACCCAAAUGGAGAUGGAAGAUGUGUGACAUGUAUAUAUUAUCUAAAUAAAGACUGGGAUGCCAAGGUAAGUGGAGGUAUACUUCGAAUUUUCCCAGAAGGCAAAGCCCAGUUUGCUGACAUUGAACCCAAAUUUGAUAGACUGCUGUUUUUCUGGUCUGACCGACGCAACCCUCACGAAGUACAACCAGCAUAUGCUACAAGGUACGCAAUAACUGUUUGGUAUUUUGAUGCAGAUGAACGAGCAAGAGCUAAAGUAAAAUAUCUCACAGGUGAAAAAGGUGUGAGGGUUGAACUCAAUAAGCCUAAUUCAGUCAGCAAAGACGUCUAGCAGGGCCUUAGGUCCAGCAGUGCUCACACCACCUACAGCCGCUUCGUUGCCUUCUGUGGACUCGUGGAUGGGAUAAGCAGAGACUCCUGGCUGGCGUUCCAGCUGGGAGCCAGGCAACUUUGCCAGGUGUCGUCCAACAGAGGGUUCCGUCUGCUGUGACUGCUGUGGGGUCAGCUCCAGAUCUGUGACUGCACUUGGCCACUGACUGAAGAGGAGACGCUGUCUGAGGAGAGUGGCUUUUCCAUCUGGACACGAAACAAGGGCCCUAUGUAGGAUUUUCUUCAUUCUUCUAUUUUGCCAGAUCUAUCAUCUAACUGAGUUCAUUUCAUCUCUUUUUUAUAUCAAGUUGGAAUUCGGGGAAUUUUUGUAUUAGGUACAAUUUAUCAAAACUGAAUUAAGAAAAAAAAAUUACAGUAUUAUUCCUCAAAGUAACAUCAAUCUAUUUUUGUAAACCUCUUCAUGCUAUUAAAUUUUGCCCUAAAGACCUCCUAC